AUUUGCUCUCGUAAAUGGAACCACACCAGACCUGAUUCACUUGAUUCUUGAAUCGAGAGGACCUCGAGUGUUCUUGACACCGAUUAAACGAAAAUGCCAUUCUCGUAUCCCGCUCUACCGGAAUUCAUAUUUGAUACUCUUUGCUCUAUCUCUCCUGCAGAAUGGUGCCGAGCUUUCUUCAUUCUCUCGAGUUCUAGUGUUCUAGCAGUUGCAGCCACCCCCGAGGCCGCUAGAAGAUAUUUGCUAGAUUACGGUGCCCGAACCCCAGCCAAGGACAGUAGCAAUGGCCGGAAAGACAAGACGAGUCGAGGAGACGGGCCCUUUGUGAAGCUCGUGGCCAUGGUCACCUCCUGUGGACAGGUGCCGCAUUCCUGGUUCAUUGCGUUUUACACGACGUCACUUACAUGCUCAAUAUUCUGGCUCAUCCAAUACUUGACAAGGGGGAACAUCUUGGACUUCGUCGCCUCCCGACAAGCCGGGACCUCGGACCCGUCAAUGAGCCUCGGACAGGUGGUCCUAGUGUGGACACUCAUGUUUCUCCAAGCGAGCAGGCGCGUAUACGAGCACUUGGUAUUCAUCAAGCCAUCCGCUUCGAAGAUGUGGAUCGUCCAUUGGUCGCUGGGGAUCUGCUUCUACCUGUGCAUGAGCAUAUCCGUAUGGGUUGAAGGUUCAGAGCCGAUCUUGAACCGCCCGUUGAAUCCUACAAACAUGCGGCUGGCCUCGCUCAAGAGCGUCAUCUCUGUGUUGGUGUACCUGUUCGCCUGGACAAACCAGUACCGCUGCCACAAAUAUCUCGCCGGGCUGAAGAAAUAUUCAUUGCCGGGGAGUGGCAUGUUUAGCAUCCUGAUAUGCCCGCAUUACACCUGCGAAUGCCUCCUCUACACCUCGUUGAUGGUAGCCGCAGCCCCAGAGGGCAGUUGGUACAACAAGACGCUGCUGUCUGCACUGGUAUUUGUGCUGGUUAAUCUUGGGGUUACUGCGCGGGGGACUCGGAAAUGGUCUAUCGACAAAUUCGGGGCCGAAUCGGUUGCGGCCAAGUGGAACAUGAUACCCUUCGUUUUUUGAGGGACCUUCAAAUCCCAUGCUCAGCGCUUCAUGAGCGUACUCAGCUUGUUUCCGAGCUUCGACACUUUCAGAACAUCACGGUACGUCAGGCUGGUUCGAGUUUUACGCAGGUUGCGGCCGCUUUGGAAAUCUUCUUUCGACCCAAGAAGAUCCCAGUUGGCGACUGUUUCCGACGACAAGCCCACGUCUUCCUCGAUGUCGGCGAUUCCAUGGAGGUACUCGGUAUAGAGGUCUGAGGUGGUGAUAAGCAGGCUCCGGGGUUCUUGGAGGAUCCUCCAAGCCGGCUCGGGGCCUAUU